UUAAGAGGAAGAACACAGACAUUAAGUGGUAUUCUGACUUGUGUUGACUUGAUAACACACUAGACAGGCAUUGUUUUUACAAAUAAUUCAUUGUCAAGUGGCUAUAAUUCAAGGAUCACAAGGAAUCAAUACAGUACAUGCACAAUGACUAUCACAUGUUGGAUGCACGUGCUGCUGCUCUGUCUGUGUUGCCAUUAUGAGAUCCAGCCUGCUGCGUGUAAACCUGCAUGGAUGUCACGGCAAUUCCCUUGUGAUGUCAUACCCCACAAUGUCACUAAGGUCCUGUUUGACUGUAAAGGGCGUCAUCUGAAAAAAGUACCAUACGGUAUAACUAAUAAUGCAACUGAGCUCAACUUAUCGGAAAAUUUCAUAGCGAAUGUUUCAGUUAAAUCAUUUUCUAACCUGCGGAAUCUGACUCAACUCAAUCUCAGCUGGGCGAACAAGAACAAUGGACUGAUCAUUGCGGCGAAUGCUUUCAAAAAUCUGACAAACCUGCAUGAACUGAAACUGACUGGCAAUUCUCUGAAAGAAAUUCCCAGCAAUCUCCCUCUCAGUGUGACAGUCCUUGAGCUAAACACUAACAAGAUUAUGUCGCUGGGUAACAGCAGCCUUGUUGGCCUAACUAACGUGACACAUUUGUGGUUAUCCAGAAACUGCUACUUCUGGAAUCCUUGUGGAAAACCUGUUACGAUUAUGGAUGACAGCUUUGCAGUAAUGACCAAUUUACAGGCUCUGGACUUGUCCUAUAACAACUUAACUCGAGUUCCCAAAGGAUUACCCAUAUCAUUGCUCUUGUUAAAGCUGGGUUCUAACAAAAUACAGAACAUAUAUGAAGAUGAUUUUCUUGGGGUGCAAAAUUUAAAAACCCUACAAAUACAAGGGAACUGUCCAAGAUGUCAAAAUGCUCCAUAUCCCUGUGUUCCUUGCCAAAAUAUGUCUAUUCGUAUCCACCCUAAUGCAUUUCACGGUCUGACACAACUUGAGACACUGAACCUGGGAGGAAACUCAAUGAACCACCUGAAUCCUUCCUGGUUUGAGAAGCUGAACAAGCUUAAACAAUUGUUCCUGGCAUUUAACUUCCUGCAAAAACCAAUAACUGAGGAGGCAAAGUUUCUAACAUACCUUCCCAGGCUAGAAAAAAUUGAUCUCUCGUUCAACUUUGCUCUCAAGUACUAUCCUACGACAUUAAAUCUUUCAAAAGAGUUUUCAAAACUCGUGUCUCUUAGAACUUUGCACUUGGAGGGUUUGGUCUUCCAGGAUAUUGGGCCAGGCACACUCAGUUCUCUGUAUGAGCUCAAAAAUCUGUCUGCAUUGAACUUAGGGACUAACUUCAUUAUUCACUCUGAUUCCAAAAUAUUCAGCAAAUUCUCCAACCUGAAAAUGAUAUAUCUUGCAGAAAACAGGCUGUAUCCCAUUCCAGUGCACAACCCCCCGCAUCCAAGUGGGGGGUACAAUCAGGAGUCAGACCUUUCCAUUUCACCGUUUCUAAAACCCCAUCCAAAAGAUUUCGCUUAUGAGAUAUCACACAGCCUUAUCAAGCAAGAGUGCUUUGACUCGGGACGGGUGCUAAUCCUCAGCUCAAAUAAUCUGUUCUUCAUUUCUCCAAAGCAAUUUGAGGGCUACGGAAAUAUUGCAUGUCUCAACCUCUCGGGGAAUGGAUUUUCGGCAGCACUUAAUGGAACCGAGUUCUCCUUGCUGCCCAAUCUGACAUACCUGGACCUGUCAUUCAAUAAGAUUGAUCUGGCCUAUGAUUACGCCUUCAAAGAACUAAGGAAACUACAAGUGCUAGACCUCAGUCACAAUGCUCACUACUUUCAAGCGUUUGGGGUAACGCAUAAUUUAAAUUUUACAAAAAAUCUGCCCGUCCUGAGAGUGCUGAAUAUGAGUUACAACUCAAUUUCCACAUUGACGACAAAACAGAUGCACAGCAAAUCAUUAUCAGAACUUCGGUUUACGCAUAAUAAUCUAGGGAAUCUUUGGAAAGAAAGAGAUGGCUCAUAUAAGUGUCUUUUUACUAAUCUUACUAAUUUGACCAUUUUAGAUAUAUCCAACAACAGAAUUGCAAAGAUUCCAGACAAUGUUUAUGAAUAUUUGCCCCAUAACCUCACCACACUACACUUAAGUCACAACUCACUCACUGAUUUUGCAUGGGACAAUCUGAGGUUUUUCCAUCAACUUAAAAAUUUAGACCUGAGCUUCAAUUCUUUAACUAAUGUGACAGUAAUAAACUCAAAUGUUACCCACACUUUGACUUUACUUGACCUGAGUCAUAAUCACAUUUUCCACCUGGACAAUGGAUUUUUAAAUGGUGCAAAAAGCCUUAAGACUCUCUGCCUUAACCACAACAAACUGACUACCAUCAAUCAAUCCACCUUCCAACCGAGACCUGCAAAUCAGAUUCAGACUUUGUUCUUGCAGAGAAACCCAUUCCAGUGCACCUGUGAUUCAUUAGAUUUAAUUCUGUGGAUUGAAAACAGUGAUGUAAAGAUCCCCAGACUGACCACUGAGGUCACAUGUGACACACUAGCAAACCAGAAGCAUAAUGCUCUGAUAUACUUUGACAUUAACCAGUGUGUAAAUGACAGUCAGGCAUUCAUGAUCUACAUUCUCACAAACUCCUUGAUUAUUUUAUUUAUGUUUGUUACAACAGUUGCUCACUUAUUUUACUGGGAUGCUUCCUAUGUCCUACAUUAUGUGAAAGCUAAGAUGAAGGGAUACAGCUCCUUGAACUCACCAGACAGUGUUUAUGAUGUCUUUGUGACUUAUGACACCAGAGAUCUGCAUGUCUCUGAGUGGGUGAUGAGAAAUCUGCGAGUGAAACUGGAAGAGGAAGGAGAAAAGACUCUUCCUCUGUGUCUGGAGGAGAGGGACUGGCCCCCUGGAGUCCCGCUGGUGGAUAACCUCACUCAGAGCAUCCAAUACAGCCGCAAGACCCUGUUUGUCUUGACAGAGGGUUACGUUAAGACAGGAGUUUUCAAGCUGGCGAUGUAUCUGGCCCACCAAAGACUGCUUGAUGAAAAUGUGGACGUGAUCGUGCUGCUGAUGCUGGAACCCGUACUGCAGCAAUCUCACUUUCUGCGUCUGAGGAGGAGGCUGUGCGGGAAAAGUGUCGUGGAGUGGCCGAGAACCGCUGCUGCAGAGCCCUGGUUUUGGCAAAACCUGAGGAAUAUAGUCAGAGUGGACAAUCAGGUGAUGUACAACAAGACUUAUUCAAAGUACUUCACCAGCAAAUGAAGCGGUCAUCAGAAUAAAGGCCUACUUUACUAAGAUGGACAAUAUCAAUAUCUGGAGCCUUGUUUUGAACACUGAUGUUGUCCUUCACAACUUUCAUCACUCCCUCUGGAGCUUAAAUGGUAAAUAAAGACAACAUUUCACUUCAAUAUUUUGUUUCAUACAGAUACAAUGAUGCUGAAUGUGAUUUAUGUGCAAAAAUUACAGUAUAUAAAUAAAUCCUUUUAAAUCUGU